AUGUCAGCCAUCAAUGGCCGUACUAUCACCCACAUCGAUGAGGACUCUCUCACAGACCUCAAAUCACGCAUUGCCUAUGCUAAAUCUUUCUUACAAUUUACCGAAGAAGAUGGAGCCCUUAUCCAAUCAGCCAAGGACAUAGUUGCACCCGCUGUCCCUGCCAUCCUAGAAGCAGUCUACACCAAACUCCUUUCCUACGAUAUCACCGCCAAAUCUUUUGUGCCCCGCCAACCGGAGCAGGCUGCUACGGAACCCGCUGAAGCCUCCAUCUCCGAGCUCUCCCUUGAUCACCCAAAUAUCGUUCACCGCAAGGACUUCCUCAAAAACUACCUGGUUAGACUAGUCAGCAACAAGAACUGGGCCGAUGACAGCCCCUUCUGGGAUUAUCUAGAUAAAGUUAGCGUCAUUCACACUGGCAAGGCCGGUUUCAAGCACCGAGAAAAGAGACCCAAGCUCCGUGUCGAGUUAAUGCAUAUGUCGCUGCUGCUAGGGUUUGUGGAAGAUCUGAUGCUCAAAACUACAUUGGCGGCUGAUGGCCUGGAUCUCCGGACUAAGACGAGCGUUCUCGCUGCGUUUAAUAAGCUGAUGUGGAUCCAGAAUGAUCUGUUUCUAAGACAUUAUGUUGCAGAGAAGCCGGAGUUGGAUUGA